AAAUCUCACCACCAUUUGACCGCACGUGUUACAUUUGUUUUGAUUCGAAUUUUAUUAAACAAAUUGCAUAAAAUGUCGAAAUUCUUAUCAUACUACAAUCUAUUUCCCAUACCGGAUCCCAAAGAGUUUCUGGGCAUGGCUGCAGACAGAGAAAAGGGCAAUGUGAUCACAACGCUGGCACGCAAUGUUGUUGUUAUUCUAAAUAUCAGCACACAUAAGCAGCUGCACAGCUGGUCCCUGCCAGAGAAGCUGUCUACGAAAGUCAUCUACGAUGCACACAGUCACAAAUACGUCGGCGUCUUUGGCAACCACGCGCUUCGCCUCUGGGAUGUGGACACAGUCGAUGUGGCCAAGUGCAAGAAGCUAAAGUUCCAGAAAAGCAUCGCCCAUGUGGUGGCCACAGACGAGGAGGCUGUUGUCCUAUAUAGCGAUGGCUUCUGCCAGCCGCUGUCAAAAGCUUUGGAGUCGCGCAAGGAUCAAAAGGAGAACACUGCGGAGCAAUUGGCCUUGGCUGCCAGCAAGACGCUGAGCAAACCAACGGUGCACUCGCUCCCCGACGGGCAAAAGGUACUCACCUACUUUGAGGAGAAACACGCCACCGGCGAACUGUUCCUCAUGCGGCGAUCACUGUCCAAUUUACACAAGCGAGCCUAUGUCAUCAAGAGGGAAGUUGUGCGACUAACUGGCCAUGCCGUCAUCGAAGGCGAUGCAGGCCCUCAACUCAUGACCAUUUGGUCGGACAAGCGCAUUUUCAUGCUAAGUCUCGCCGAGCGCUCACACGAAACGGCACCGGGUCAAUUUGUUUCGAUGCUCGCCGAACUGAAUGUAGAGAGCAAAUUGUCGGUUUACGGAUUGUCGCGCAACUUUGCGGCCAUUUACGGGGCCAACUAUGGCCAGGAGGGAGCCUCGUUGCUGGUGUACAACACCCAGUUCAAGGUAGUCAAUGCCAAGCAGUACUUCAAGGUUUAUUUGGACUUCUCGCGCCUGUGGGCGCGCGACGAAUACAUUCUGCUUGCUAUGGGCCAGAACAUUGCCGCGGUACGUUAUCGCAUGAAUGACGAAUUGCUGGUGGAUAUGCUCGGCUCACAGUUGAGCGAUGCCCACUUGACGCCCAUUGAGCUGGACCACAUAAACGAGGAGGAAUCCCUGGAGGCGGCCAUUAAAUUUGCGGGCAACAGUCGCGUGCACAACACCGUCAAGCAAGCCAAGCUGUUGAAGCAACCGCUGGCCGAUCUGCCGCCAGCCAAUGGCAAAACUGUGGCCUUUGAAUCGUCUGAAAUAUCGCAGCAUGAGGUAAACGAACUCAUCAAACAGCACGUGGAUGGUGAACUGGUCCAUGUGGACAACGGACUGGAGGACGUCAAUGUAAUGCUGAUGAGCAACUAUUUCGAUACGGGACCACAGAACUUGGCGGUGCAGUCAAUUGUCAGGCAACUGGAGCGCAGUGGUGCUGGUGAACAGGAGAUAACAGAGAAGCUGCUCACGCUAUUCAUUAAAACCCAAAACACAGAGCAUGUACUAAUGUGUGUGAGACGUUACAUGAACAUCUCCGAGCACAUGCUGGCCUGGUGCUUGCGCUAUGCGCUGGACACCACUUCAGCUGCUUCUGCUACCAAUGGCGAAGCCAUGGAAACAGAGGACAAAGGCCAGGCAUCGUCAGACAAUGAACUGCUUAAUGCGGUUCUCGCCUGCAGUUUCAAUGCAGUUGCCAUUGAGAAGCAUCUGAAACAGCGCCUGGAACUCUCUCAUGUCCAGCGCUUGCUCAGCCAUUUGUACAUGCUAGCCACUGCAAGGGAUGUGCUGCUCGAGGAGCGUCCCAAUCAAAAUACGGCUUGUCUUGGCAACACGAUCACAGAGCUGCAAGCGUUUCAAUGGUUGGGCGCCCUGUUGACCUCCCACAUUACGUUAUUAACCAUCUCUAAAGAUGAGCAGCUGAAGGACGUGCUGACUCAGUGGUCGGAGCUGUUCCAGCUUUACGCGAAUCUUUUGGAGCCACUAGCGACGAUAGUGCCGCUGCUCAGCAACAUUAUAGAACGACGCAAGCCCAGGAACCCAUACCCAACCAUGUGGUAUGGCAUUGAGAAGGUUAAGCUGUAUUAACCAUGAGCUAAACAAACCCUUUUCAGUUCUUCUUUAAACUUGUUGCUAAACUUAAGCUAAAUAAAUGUAGAAUUAUCUAA